AUGUCGCUCUCAACCCCUCGCCUCCUCCCUGAACAUCUGCACGCCUUCGUCCCGGGUCCCAGCCACCAAGGCCCCACCACAAUUCGCAUCCUAGGAACCGUAUCUGCGCUUCGCGGUGAAUAUGCCACCAUUACCUGCGGCAGCCAUGGGGAUGUCACACUGAUUUUGAACCGCGAGUCACACGUGCAACUCGGCCGGAUGGUAGAUGUCGUAGGAAGGGUUACGCAGGUGGAAGGGAGUCUGGGAGUUCGAGUUUUGGCCGUGGCAGAUUGCGGGGAUCCGAAGGAUAUUGACUAUCAGAUUUACGAACAAGUUGUCGAUGUGACACAUCGGGUUAAAGAAAUCUUCUACUAA